AACCACAAUAUGAGUGAAGAAAACGAUCCAUUGCUUCAGGCAUUGAAUGAAGAUGUUCCUGUUGCCAACGAACCCCAGGAGUCUAAAGAUCCGGAAAGAGAAAAGGCCUUGGGCAAGUUCAAAGAUAAGUUGACCGAGCACAGAAACUGGGACGCCAGAUUGAAGGACUUGAGACUAAGCAUACGAGAUCUCGACAGAGACUACGACAAAACCGAAAACGACAUCAAGGCGUUACAGUCGGUGGGUCAGAUAGUUGGAGAAGUGUUGAAGCAGUUGGACGAUGAGCGGUUCAUUGUCAAGGCAUCCUCGGGUCCUAGAUAUAUUGUUGGAUGCAGAAACACCAUCAAGAAGGAGAACCUAAAGAAUGGAAUCCGGGUGUCGUUAGACAUGACCACCUUGACAAUCAUGAGGAUCUUGCCCCGGGAAGUUGAUCCUUUGGUGUACAACAUGACAACUUUUGAACCGGGUGAAAUCUCCUUCAACGGAAUUGGUGGGUUGACGGAUCAGGUGAGGGAGUUGAGAGAAGUGAUUGAGUUGCCGUUGAAAAACCCCGAGUUGUUCACUAGAGUGGGUAUCAAGCCUCCUAAGGGUGUGUUGUUGUAUGGGCCUCCCGGUACCGGGAAGACGCUUUUGGCCAAGGCAGUGGCUGCUACCAUUGGAGCCAACUUUAUUUUCUCACCUGCCAGUGCUAUAGUCGACAAGUAUAUCGGAGAGUCGGCUCGAUUGAUCAGAGAAAUGUUUUCGUAUGCCAGAGAACACUCGCCCUGCAUUAUAUUCAUGGAUGAAAUCGAUGCUAUUGGGGGUCGGAGAUUCAGUGAAGGUACUUCUGCUGAUAGAGAGAUCCAGAGAACCUUAAUGGAACUUUUGAAUCAGAUGGAUGGGUUUGAUACUUUGGGACAAACAAAAGUGAUCAUGGCCACCAACAGACCCGAUACAUUGGACCCUGCAUUAUUAAGACCGGGGAGAUUGGAUCGGAAAAUCGAAAUAGGCUUGCCCAAUGAAGCCGGGAGAUUGGAAAUCUUCAAAAUUCAUACGGCUAAUAUUGCUAAGCACGGAGAAUUUGAUUUCGAAGCAGCCGUCAGAAUGAGUGAUGGGUUUAAUGGAGCUGAUAUUAGAAAUGUUGUUACCGAAGCUGGGUUCUUUGCUAUAAGAGAUGAAAGAGAUUACAUUGUUCAAAAUGACUUGAUGAAAGCGGUCAGAAAGGUUGCUGACGUCAAGAAGCUUGAAGGCAAGAUUGACUACGAAAAGUUAUGAUGAACCCUCCACACCAACGUUUUUUUAUAGGAGUAAACUUAAUAAUUACAGUCCCACCUCGCACUAUCCGUAUCAGUAUAUAUUUACAAGCUACUUCUCCUUCUACUUCUGCUCCUCCGCCUUGUUCAACUCCUGUGUCUCCCGUAUCAACUUCAUGGUCUUCUCGAACUCCGGUGUGGUGUUCUUCGAUAACGCAUCCAAAUGUAUCUUCAUGUAUGGGUUUUCAAUCUGGUUCAAGUGUUGCGCCAUCUUUUCUCCAAUCAACUGUUUCAUUUCCUCCGUCAAAUCCUUCACUGAAGUAGGUGGUUGUUGGGCCUUCUUGGCUAAGUAGAUCUUCUGCUCCUUGCUCAAGGGCAUUUCGGGCGCCGUCAAUCUUCUGGCAUCCAAUUCGGUCAAGAUCUUGGACUUGAACUUGGAGUGAGGGUUUCUGAGUUGGUCCAAAGCACCUAUAGGAACCGGGGGGAUAGCAAUACUUUGCACCUCAUACGUCUUUUCCAAUGCCACUUGCUCAUCGGUAGAUAAUUCACCGUCCUUGGGGUCUGUUGGGGGACCUGGCCAUGGAACCUCGAUGCUUUCGUGGUGCUUGACAAAGCGCUUGGGAAGCCACUGUUUGUACCUGUCGUCGUAAUACUUGUCUUUGUAAACCACCGCAUCUGCCACAAUGUAGUAUGUCUUGCCGGCACUGUCGAUAUCCUUGGCCGCCAACCUGACGUGAUCACGGGGGAUUUGUUGUGGAUAGUCUAUCAAAUGGCUUUCUUGCUGCUCAAACCAUUGAGUAGGAGGAACCACCUUCUUCUCACUGACGUCCGAUAAGUACACGGUGUCAAACUCAGGGGUGUACCGGAAGAGUGUGGAGAUCUUGCCCUUGUGUUCACCCUUGGUGAUGUAUACCAAAUCGCCCUCUGCCAAACCCACUUGGGUGAAGUCCAAUUUCUGCUCGUGCUUGGGAACCAAGUCGUAGUCCUGUUCAAAGUAGGGAAGCACCAUACGGUUGUUGCUCUUUGUUUCCUGAGCUCUCAAGGCCUUGUUGAGCCGGGAGAAGUCCUUCUGGAGCCGCCUUUUUAUUCCGUUGGCAGACAUUAGGUGGUGGAGUACGGGUG